AUGCAGAGAGGGGGGUGGGAGGCGGUGUCGCAGGACGAUCAUGCCGGCAAUGACACGAGCGGUGGGGCGGGCAGCGAUGAUCGCACGAACGUCAUGCGCAGCGGCCAGUUGGCUGCCGACACGAAUGCGAAUUUGUUACGGGCGUUGCGGAUGAGUGAGGCGACAAACGAGACGGGCUACGCGACGCUGCAGCAGUUAGGCCGACAGAAGGAGACAAUUGGCCGCACACUGGCCAGCGUGGAUGGCACGCGGGAGGAUUUGAGCGGGGCCCGGCGAGUCAUUCGUGACAUCCGCAUAGGCGUGUACAAGGAAUGGGCAGUGAAGGCGCUUGUGCUGCUUCUGUUGCUGGUGAUGGAUAUCAUUCUCUUUUAUAUGAAGUUUGUUCGAAAGUAA